AUGAGUUAUCCUAAUAUUUAAGAGUUUUUGGAAGAUUUUGAAAAGGAGAAUGAAUUAUUAGGAAAAGGAACGUAUGGUGAAGUUUAUAAAAUGAAAACGAAAAGAGCCAUCAAUCCUGAUUUAGAAAAGGUAUAAGAAGGAUAAGAGAAUUAUAAUGGAUAGUAAUAUGCAGUUAAAAUGAUGGAUGCUAAAACAGAAAAAUCAUUUUCAACCAUAUAAAAAGAAUUUCUAAUACUUAAAAGUUUACCAAAAUCGCAUCCUAAUAUAAUUAGACUUUACAAAGUAAUUAUUUAAUGAUAUAAAUAGAGUUAUGCAUGGGCCAAUUAGAUAACAAAAACUUAUACAUUAGUAUUAGUAAUGGAAUUAGCUGAUAAAAGUUUAAUGAAGGAAAUUGAAGAGAGGAUAUAAAAUAAGAAAUAUUUUUCUGAUGAUUAAUUACAUCAUUUCUUCUUAUAAUGUAUUUAAACAUUAAAUGAUAUAAAACUUCAUUCCAAUAUUUAUCAUAGGUAUUUAAUUAAUUAAAUAUAGAGAUAUAAAGCCAGAAAACAUUCUUUUAAAUAAAGAAUAACAAAUACUAUUAUCUGAUUUUGGAGUUUCUCGAAAACUAAUGAAGGAGAAACUACCAACAAUUAAUGGUACUUUAGUUGGAACUCCUGCUUAUUUAUCUCCAAUAUUAUGGAAAGCUUUUGAAGAAGGGUAAUUUUAGGUUUCAAAAAUUAAUAAAAUAACUCAUAAUGUAGAAAAAUCUGAUGUUUAUUCGUUGGGUGUAACACUAUUAUAGACAACUCUGUUAUUAAAUUCAGAGAUUUAAAAACUAAAUUCUGUAAAUUUACAUAAUUGAUUCAGGGAGAACAAGGAUAGCAUACAACAAGAGAAUUAUUGAAGAAUGUCUAAAAUCCGAGAAUUAAGUUUAUCUUAAUGAGAAUGCUAGAACAUGAUGAAAAAUAAAGAGCUUCUUAUAAUGAGUUACUUUAAUUAUUAAAUGAAACUAUACCUAAGCAGAUUGUUUAGAAUAAGAAACCUAUAUUUUCAUAUGUAGAACCUAAAUUAGGAAUUAAGGAAUAAUUUAGUUUAUAGGCAAAAAUAACAUUUGAAAAUAAUUGUAAAUAAGAAUUGCAUUAAAACUAAUAAAUAGAUACAUAAAUAGAUAUUGAAACUGUUAAUUAGAGUUAAAUGAGUCAAUAGAUAGAAAACAAAAUGAAAGAAUAAUGA